UUUUCUUCCUCCAGAUUCUCCUUCCCUUCUUCCCGAUAAACUCUCUCUCGUCCUCGCACCACGCAACGCAAUUUUCUCACCGCACCCACAAACCCGCAGACCCAAAACGUCGUCAUUGAGAAUGGCGUCAUCGGCGAGAGUAGAUCUAGACGGCAACCCGAUAAAGCCCAUUACGAUAUGUAUGAUCGGAGCCGGAGGGUUCAUUGGGUCCCACCUCUGCGAGAAGCUGAUGUCGGAGACGCCGCACAAGGUCCUGGCUCUGGACGUCUACAAUGACAAGAUCAAGCACCUGCUUGAGCCCGAGAACGCGCACCCCUGGUCCGAUCGUAUCCAGUUCCACCGACUCAACAUCAAGCAGGACUCGCGCCUCGAAGGCCUCAUCAAAAUGGCAGAUCUGACGAUUAAUCUGGCGGCCAUCUGUACUCCGGCAGACUACAACACCCGUCCGCUCGACACCAUCUACAGCAACUUCAUCGAUGCUCUGCCGGUGGUGAAGUACUGCUCCGAAAACAACAAGCGUUUGAUUCACUUUUCUACUUGUGAAGUGUAUGGGAAAACCAUUGGAAGCUAUCUUCCUAAAGAUAGCCCUCUUCGUCAGGAUCCUGCUUAUUAUGUGCUUAAAGAAGAUGAAUCCCCUUGCAUUUUUGGAUCUAUUGAGAAGCAGAGAUGGUCCUAUGCAUGCGCAAAGCAAUUGAUCGAGAGGCUGAUUUAUGCUGAGGGUGCGGAAAAUGGUCUUGAGUUUACCAUUGUGAGACCCUUUAACUGGAUUGGACCUAGGAUGGAUUUCAUUCCUGGCAUUGACGGCCCAAGUGAGGGUGUUCCAAGAGUUCUUGCAUGCUUCAGUAAUAAUCUUCUUCGCCGUGAGCCUCUCAAGCUUGUAGAUGGUGGCCAAUCUCAGAGAACUUUUGUCUACAUAAAGGAUGCUAUUGAAGCUGUUAUGUUGAUGAUCGAAAAUCCUGCUAGGGCCAAUGGUCACAUCUUCAAUGUUGGCAACCCUAACAAUGAAGUUACUGUUAGGCAGCUUGGUGAAAUGAUGACUGAGGUUUAUGUGAAAGUAAGUGGCGAACCAAAACUGGAGACACCCACCAUUGAUGUUAGCUCUCAAGAAUUCUAUGGAGUGGGAUAUGAUGAUAGUGACAAGAGAAUACCUGACAUGACUAUUAUCAACAAGCAGCUUGGUUGGAAUCCAAAGACCUCUCUCUGGGACUUGCUUGAAUCAACCCUCACCUAUCAGCAUAGGACAUAUGCCGAGGCUGUCAAGAAGGCCAUUUCCCAAUCAUCUGCAAGCUAAAUAAGGGUGCUGUUGUUUGGUGCGACGAAUCAAGGAUCCUUGCUGAGGUGUGCUGCGUCGAAAUUCUUUCGGAAGAGAUCUUCAGAUGUACCUUAAUGUCUGUUUUGAAUAUAUAGUACAUUUUUUUCUUGCCUUGCGGGUAUCGUUAGUCAAAUAGUUCGUGGUAGAGGUUCAACAAUACGUGCUUGGGGAUUAUGUCUGCAGAAUAUAAUCUAGAUUACUGUAAUUUGUCACCAGAGCUUUUGCGGCAACAUGCUGGGGGAUGCUUAUAGGGGGACCAAUUAUACAUGUCAAGUUGUUUAUGUUGCUUUGCAGGGGAUUUGCUUUGCCAUUCCUCUGUUUUGUACUAGGGUGUUGUAUUAAUUUUCGAUAACCCUCUUAUGAUCUCUUGUUCUUUUUAUUUCUUCUUUUUAUUGUAAAAUUAUUAUUUUAUUUA